CUGGCUUCGAGUGAAUAGGAAAGCAAUCAAUAUUUGGAUCAUUCUUCCUGUCAUCUUAAAAAAGCAUUUCGUUGCAAUCAUUUCUGCUAAAUUUCAGAAAGGUUAUUCAUAGUGAAAUAUUUUCAUCGUGUGGUUAAUGUCACUUUAACCAAAAUUGACUAAGUUCAAAAAUAUGAGUGAACAGAAAUCCGUAGUUUCUCAAAUAAAAACCGUGAUGACAAAGACUCUAAAGUCAGUUACUGUGGAGCCAUUAAUGCUACUGGAUGGCUUUGCCUUUUCCAACAUGAAUGUGUACAUCGAGAAUCUACAAAUUGAUCGCGUCUGUCGUGUGAGCGUUGGUCUCCCAGAAAACGUGUGUCAGAACCUCAAGGCCCACCCUGACGCAAGUGUAGAUGUUCAGCAGAAAUAUAGCGUUUUUGCCUUUUACAACAACAUAAUUGCUGCCGUCCUACCAUUCUUAUGCAUUCUUUCUAUGGGGGCAGGGAGUGAUAAAUACGGCAGAAAAGUGCCUCUAAUAGCAGUGCAGCUAGGCCACAUUCUCCAAGCUGGAAGUUACUCCAUAGCAGCUCUUGUCCCUUCGUGCCCCGUAGAAUUUCUACUCGUUGUGACAUUGCUGGAUAACCUUGGGGGUGGCACUGCAUCAUUCCUGACAGUAACUAACUCAUAUAUAGGGGAUGUAUCAUCAGAGGAAUCUCGAACUUCAAGAGUAGGCUUGGCCAACAGCCUCUGGUUUUUGGGCGGUCCAGCAGGAACGUUGUUGGGGACUUAUCUUUACAGCAAAGGUGGCUAUCUACCCCUUUUUGCUACUUCCUUCACAUUUUCUCUAUUGGCUCUCAUCUACACAAUCGUUUUACUUCCUGAGAGCCAGGGACCAUUUGCUAAGAAGUCCUCCAUCCCAACAUCUCAAAAAGACGCAGUUGCUAGGAGAGAGAGUGUUGCUGCUGUCUAUGGGCUUGAUUCAGUGGUACCUAAGAAUCCCAGCGCUCCAGCACACGAAAUAACUCUCGGAAUCAUGAUGAAAGACUUCUUCAGCCCUAAACACAUCUUUGACAGCUUCAAAACUACGUUAAGGAAGCGUGAAGGAAAUGAUCGAUUUCUUAUCCUCUGUUUAAUCUUCUCAAGUCUCCUUAGAAAACUUACUAGAUCUCCUUUUGUGUUUCUUUUCACUCGUCACGUACUCGGAUGGAAGGCCACUGACUAUGGCAUUUGGGUCACUUACAAGAACUUGAUGGUUACAUUAGGUUCCCUCGUUGCUGUGCCUCUACUCAGUGGGUGCCUGGGUGUGCCAGAUAACAUUCUGGCCAUGGUUGGCGCCACGUCUGGAAUUAUCGAGUACGUUAUCUAUGGCUGCAUUUCUGAAAGUCAUGCAAGCCUCAUUUGGAUUGCUCCCAUGGCCGCUUUACUGGUGAAUUCUUGUACCAUUGCUCAGAGGGCCAUGAUGACUAAAUUUGUCACCAGACAUGAAAUUGGGAAGGUUUCAGCUGUCCAAGGUGCCCUGGACGGCUUGAUGCCCGUGGUGAAUUCGGGUGUGUACUCGGCUGUCUACUACUAUACUGUCAGUAGCUGCCCUUCCGCCCACUUUUUCCUCGGGGCAUCUGCCAGUGCUCUCAUGAUGACAGUAUUCAGUGUUAUCACCAGUAAUAGAAAAACCCGCGGACAUGACGUUGAAGGUGCCAGUCCAAGGGAAGUCCAGGGACCCACAGAGCCGAAUCUUCUAUCAGCUCUUCCUAAGCAACAACUCCCUGUGAGCAGGAAAACUAAAAACCCCUCGAAAAUGAAUCAGUCUUUGAGGAGGACAUUCGUCAACAACUUCAAAGCAUCCCUAGGAAAGAUCUUGAAAGUCAACUGGACUAAAGAAGAUUUCAAGACCUUUCCAGUGAUCUACUUAUCCAUCACAUCAAAUUUAUGUGGAAAUUGCCUUGUGCUUCCAACUCUCUGUCCAGCGCGCAAUGAAGCGGAGGAUGAAAAGAAAACACUGGCAGUGAUUAGUCAAAGGCAACAAUGAAAACAGUCUUUCAAAGUCUGCUGUAGCAGUGGUCAAACUAAUUUCUGAAGCCGAGAAUUAACUGUUUGUUUUUCAAGCAUCUGUUGCCCCUCCUAUUUCAUAAGUAUGAGGUGUAUACAUUAUAUUUAUUUGUACUAACCUCCAUUUGUUAUUAUUUUUAUAUUUGUGAAGUUGUGAUAUUGAGUAGAAGGAUUUACCCUCUUCAUUUUAGGCAUAGUAUUCAUUUUUUAUCUUAUUCAUAAUUAAAUGCAGGUGAAACUCGCCCCUCCAGUCCACAGUUCACUGCCAUUAAGUGAUUAACUCUUAAUCCCCUCUCGUCCAUUUGACUGCCUGUGAAUUUGUGCCAGCAGCUUACCCUAGGAUUGAGAGAGAAAGUGCGGUCACCCAGCCGCCAUAUUUGAUACCACAUCAUGUAUAGCCUUAGUGGGAAAGACGUGGAAGAACAAGCAGGACUCUAGCGAACUUUCUCCGAAUUAAUAAAAAGGAGGCAAUGCUGGGAAUCGGCCUUAGACACUUCUGCUCCAGAGCUACUGAGCAACCCCCCCUCUCUAGAUGGCUGCUGUUAGCCUGUGUGUAGCAUCCAAGUUCUUAAAAUUCCUCCCCCAUCCGCGUCCUGAGGAACACAGAUUCCAUUUUCCUACGAGACUGCAAUUGAGCCACUGUGGAUUCUGGAUUCUUGCCUUCAGGAUUCUUCCCCUUCUUUUCGUCUCCACAUUACCACGUGCCCGGCAAGACCAGCCACCUACCUAUUCAUCUACUUCAAGGUUUGAUCCACCACUAAUUAAAACCCGUAGGGUGUUAUCUAUUCUUUAAUAUGAUGAUUGUGAGUGUAAAUAUAAGUCAUUA